AUGGAGGAGGACCAAUCUCAAUCUCCGUUCCUCCGUAGAAUGGUACCUUUAGGUAUGCAGUACUACUACCAAGACACGGUGACAGUUACAAUCAAAGGACAAGAAAGGGAACUGACAAAGAUCCUAACCACCUGCACAUCAAUUGAUCUCUCAAACAACUAUUUUCAGGGGGAUAUUCUAGAAUCUAUAGGGAUUCUUAAGUCCCUUCGACUGCUCAAUAUGUCACACAACAGUUUCAUAGGCCGAAUUCCAACAUCACUUGAGAACCUUAUGGUGCUUGAGUCGUUGGAUCUCUCACAGAACAACAUCUCAGGUGAGAUUCCUUGGCAGAUGACAAAGCUAACAUUCCUCUCGGUGUUGAACCUUUCACAAAACCAUCUCAUGGGAAGCAUACCGCAAAUUAAACAAUUUCUUACAUUCACAAAUGAGUCAUUCCAAGGGAAUGCAGGAUUAUGUGGACCUCCAUUAUCGAGAAAAUGCAUUGCACCACCGCCAAAUGUGCCGACCUUUGAAGAUGCAACUUUAGAACCAGACUGGGAAUUCUUGUGGAUAGGAUUUGGAGUCGGAUAUGGAGCAGGAAUGGGAGUUCUUUUUUGGACUCUAACACUAUGGAUGAAAGGUAGAACCGAAUUCUAUAAGUUUAUAGAUGGGAUGCUUUUAACAAAAUUUCCCUCAGUGUUUGCUGUAAAGCGACGAUGA